GAUGGCUUGAGGCUGGAAAACACACACACACACACGCUGCUCGACUGCAUCACAUUGCAACAUGGAGGCCGUCCACCGCAGAAGUAGCGGAGACGUCACCUGACCGCCAAGCCCUCCCCUGCAAGGGGGGCGUGUUCAAAGACUAGCAUUGGCAGAUGGAGGCGCAGCAACACUCCCCUGACAGCAGCAGUGAGGAGUGCACCGUCCUGGAGGCUCCACCCACUAAAGACACCUGCCCGCAACACGGCGGAAAGGUGUCUGAAUACUGUUGUGUGUGUGUGUGCACGCUGUGUGAUGAGUGUGUGCAUGACAAGGAGCACGCCAGGGUACCUUUAAGCCAAGCCUUGGAGGAACACCGUCAAACCUUGCAGGCAAAGCUAGGAUCUGCUCAUGACAGACUCCCACAAAUUUCCGACGCCGUGGUCUUGGUCAGAGAGAUGGUGCAGCAGUUAAGCAAUCAGAAAGCUGCCAUCGAGGAGGACAUCAUGGGCAGCUUUGAGGACCUCCACAAGCAGCUGGACGUGAGAAAGAGUGUUCUUCUCAUGGAGCUGGAGGUCACCUUUGGACUCAAGCAGAAGGUUCUUCAGGCUCAGCUGGAGAGCCUCUUGCAGGGAGAGGGCACUGUGGAGUCAGCCUGUGCACGUGCAAAAGACGCCUUGACCACGGAAGCAUGCAGCGGCAGCUUAGAAGCAGAGCUGGAGCUCAAGGACAAACUGGAGGAGCUAGUUGGGCUUCACUUUCCGUGUCAGCCAGAGGAGAAUGACCAGCUGGACCUGGUCCUGGAGACGGACGGCCUGAGGAAGUGGAUCCACAACUUGGGGACCAUCGUCACCACCAGUGCUGUGGCGAGCCAGAGUGAGGCCAUGGGUGCCGGUCUGGAACAGUGCAUUGUGGGACUUCCUGCCUCUGUUACCAUUGUAACAAGAGACAAGUCAGGAGGCGCCUGCAAGAGCGGCAACGCUAUCUUGUCAGCCGAGGUCUUUACGCCUGAUGGCAGCAUUGUAGACGGCGAGAUGGUAGACCGCAAGAACGGAACAUACGAGUUUGUCUACAUGGUGCCCAAAGAGGGGGAUUUCUCAUUGGCUCUGCGCCUGUACGACCAGCACAUCAAAGGAAGUCCUUUCAAGUUGAGCGUGAGCAGGCCGCAGGUGUCGCCAUCCUCCGCCACGGCCAACGCCACGCCUUCCACAGGCUCCUCCGAGGGCGCCAAGAGGCGGGGAAAGUCCCCUGGACAAAAGAAGAAGAGUUCCAAGAGGGCCAGCAGUGCCCUUGGAACACCACGCCGCAAAACUCAGAACCCCAUUGAAGACGAUCUCAUCUUUCGGAUUGGAACCAAAGGGCGGAACAAAGGAGAGUUUACUAACCUGCAAGGAGUCGCCGCCGCCUCGGACGGGAACAUCCUGAUCGCUGAUAGCAACAACCAAUGUGUGCAGAUUUUUUCCAGCAAGGGAGAAUUCAAGAGUCGAUUUGGUGUGCGUGGACGGUCGCCGGGGCAACUGCAGCGCCCAACUGGCGUGGCUGUGCACCCCAGCGGCGACAUCAUCAUCGCUGACUAUGACAACAAGUGGGUCAGCAUCUUCUCCAGCGACGGCAAGUUCAAGGCCAAACUGGGUUCCGCCAGGCUGAUGGGACCCAAGGGCGUGACUGUGGACCGCAACGGUCACGUCAUUGUGGUGGACAACAAAGCGUGCACCGUGUUCAUCUUCCAGCUGACUGGCAAGCUCGUAACCAAAUUCGGGAGCCGCGGAAACGGCGACAAGCAGUUUGCAGGUCCACACUUUGCUGCCGUCAAUGAAAAAAAUGAAAUCAUCGUUAGCGACUUCCACAACCACUCAGUUAAGGUCUUCACGCCAGAAGGAGAACUGGUGCUCAAAUUCGGCUCCAACGGUGAGGGCAACGGACAGUUUAACGCCCCCACAGGUGUGGCAGUGGACGUGAACGGGAACAUCAUUGUGGCUGACUGGGGAAACAGUAGGAUACAGGUGUUUGACGGCAACGGGUCCUUCCUGUCCUACAUCAACACAUCGGCUGACCCCCUGUACGGGCCCCAGGGAUUGGCCCUGACGGAUGACGGACACGUGGUGGUGGCCGACUCGGGUAACCAUUGCUUCAAAGUGUACCGGUACCUGCAGUGAUGGCAGUCCGGAUGAGGUCAGUUGAUCUCCUUGAGAUGUGGACAUGUAUAGGAUAAUUUGAUCUCAUUUUGUAAUGAUGGCGGUGAUGGGAGGAGCCAAAAAAAAUCUUUUUCAGUACUUCCCUAUCUGCCAGUUUGCAGGAAGCAAUGCAGCAAGAGUACAUGCCAACUUCCUUAGCGGUGACUGCUAAAGGUAAAGCCCUAAAUGCAAAAUACUGUUUCAAUUGGCGCACUUCUGUACUUACACUUAGUCCUUUUGAGUGCAUAAGUAUUCAAAUGAAAAAUGUUUCAAUCACAUUGCAGGAUCAAAACCAAAUGCAAAAGAAAGAUGCGAAAAACUUCCACAAACCCAUAACACAGCUACAUGAGAGAAAUGACAUAUAACACAAUAUAAGUUAGCCAGGCUACCAGGGGUGCCAGAACUGAGGGAUAUCUUUCUCCAAAGACUUACGAUAAAUGUUGUCUUUUCUGAUUUAUAAAUGCUGUUACAAUUUUAGAUACUUGUGUUAAACAAUGCCAAAUUACCAAUUUAGAAAUUUCAUGCAUUUUGGCAUGAGCGCACAUGUAGUUUUGGAUGCCUCUGUUCGCUGGGUUUUGCAAUCGAGCUAUGUUGUGAUGUCACAGUGAGGUGGAUGUACCUAUUUGGAAAUUAAGUCAAGCUCUCAGCCAGGCUAUGAGGAAACACCAAAAAAUGUAGGAUAAAGUAUUAUUUUCAUCUGAUAUUGGCAUGCGCAUAACAACACUGAUGUGUAAUAUGCAGUGACAUAAAUGCUGCUAAAAGCAGCUUUUUAUUGCACUCUCUGAAGAGUGUGCAGAUGUACAUAAUGUUGUGACCGGGUGUAUCUAUAUAAUGUUUAUGAAGUGAAUUGUCCAGGAAGAAAAUAGCGGUGACAACUUCAAUGUAUAUAUUUAAACAGUGCAUAUUUUCUAAAUAUAAAUUAUGAUACUUUUGGAGAGGGUGGAGUGUGGAUUCAUUUGCAAUCUGGGAACGUCUCUACAAACAAACAUCUUGCAGUACUCAAAAAACGGGUUAUUUAAGUGACUGUGGAGCAAAAUUUAUGCAGAAUUUACACCAAAAGCAUAUCAAAUAUAUAGUAAUUGGGCCAGUGUUUUAAAUGUGUAUGAAAAUCAUCACAGGUACCCUUUAAUAGUGUAGCGAAAACAGUGUUUGACGAAAAUUUACCUUUUCACUGAAAUUUUCUACUUGGCAUCCCGCUGCCUUUUAAGACGGAUGCUAGUAUUAUUUUAUGUUUGUAUUCAUUAUUUGAUAUCAUUUUUCCCUUGUAACACUGCACAAGCUAGAUAUAGACACAAUACAUAUGGCAGGGUAAUGAUACACAUUUGGAAGACACAAGAAAACUGUGCAUAAUACCCUGCAGUAUAUGGUCAAAACCUAUGCAUAGACAGUUUUACUAUAUGCCCAAGUUCCAAUUUUGGUAAGUCUAGGCAUUAGUCUACUUUAUCAGUCACACUUGUUCUGUUGCCUCGCAUAAAACUGAGCUGUCAACCAACUUCAUUGUCUGUGUUGUCUGCUGGAUUACCAAGCCUGUGUAAAAAGUUGUCUGGUACAGUUCCCCAAAAUCGUAGCCUGUCCAAUCAUUGUGUCUGGUGUCCAUAGUGCCUUACUUUAAAAAUUUCUCUCAUGCAGUUGUUUUAGGGUUUGUGUGUAUUUUUGGCAUUUGCAGUAUUUUUCUUUUUUAUAUGUUGAUGGUGUUUUUGGCUUUGGAUCAUUUCUGUGUUCUGACGCAUUUGCACAAUGUCGUGCGCUCUCCACUGUACAGCAAAAUGCAGUAUAGUGGCAAUCACCACACACUCACUAUUUGAGUGUGUGGUGAUUGGACCUAACCACCUUAGAUAAUUGCCAUCUGGGCUGCAUAGCAAAAGGGGAGAGACUAGUGGUUGCAAUUCACCCUACAAAGGAAAAAAGCAUUUAAGCGUAUAAAUAUUGCGAUCCUCUUUUACGACAGAAAUCGGAAAUAUGCAUCAAUCAAUCAAUCAAUCAAAGUUUAUUUAUAUAGCCCUAAAUCACUAGUGUCUCAAAGGGCUGCACAAGCCACAACGACAUCCUCGGCUCAGAUCCCACAUCAGGGCAAGAAAAAACUCAACCCAAUGGGAUACAAUGAGAAACCUUGGAGGGGACCGCAGAUGUGGGGACCCCCUCCUCCGGGCAACCGUACACAGUGGACACAGU